AUGGAGAGGAACAGUUUGAGCAACAACUUGAAGCACCAUAGCAUUGAUGGAGGAAGAUCUAUGAAAGAAGACUGCAACAACAACAACAAUAGGGUUAAGGAUUCAUGGGAAAGCUGUAAAAGUGACAGGCAUGGUGAAGAUUUUCUAAAUGGGUUUUCAUGGCCUCCAAGGUCUUACACUUGUAGCUUCUGCAAAAGGGAAUUCAAAUCAGCUCAAGCCCUUGGUGGUCACAUGAAUGUUCAUAGGAGAGAUAGAGCCAGGUUGAGACAGUCACCUCCUCCAAGGGAUGGUCAGUACCCUUUUCUUAACCUUAAUCUUUCCCCAAACCCUAACCCUAGCCCUAACUCUAACCCUUAUCAAAACCUUAACAACCCUUCAACACCUUUCACUUCCACACUAUCUCCCUUGUUCUCUCCCUCUAUUUCCUCUUUAUCUUCAUCUGCAUCUGUUUCUGCAAGCGAAAUCAUGAAACGGGGUACAGACAAUACCCUAUUCCAUCAUCGCUUGAGCAACAGAAAUACGGAUUUUUCUAAAACCCUUUUCGGGGUAGAAAUUGAACAUUUCGCCCAAGUAAGUGGAUGCGCGGUUUCGAAGACUGCAGAGAUUGUUAGGGUGGACUUGGAGAUUGGUUUGCUUCGUGAUCCAAAGGAUGAUUUGGAUUUGGAGCUUCAUCUCGGAUGCUCUUAG